CUGUGUCGUGAGGACUGCUCUUGUUCCUUCCCAGAGCAUUCACUCCACUCGACGAGCUUGUGUAUUAGUGAUGUGUCGAGGACCUGAAAGCACAACGGAAUAUUUCUCUUGAAUUACCAUAUGGCAGCGGGAGAAGCUCAAGAUAUCGGAUGAGAACCAUAUUGCUUAAGGACGUGCAACUUUAAAGGACAAGUCUUGUUUUUUCUUCCUGUUUUUAAUUCUGCAUUUGAUGCUGAAUUGCAGCUGUGAAAAUAUCCUGCUCUAUGAAUGGAUUACAGUCACUCUGAAUGAUAUGCGACAGCAAGAGAAACAGAUGCCGAAUAGGGCCUGCCGCAGAGCUGCACUCAGCCAUGGAGGACAGCAAGCCGGUGUGGGCGCCCCACCCAACGGAAGGAUUUCAGCUGGGAGUCAUCGUGGACAUCGGCAAUGAUAGCUUAACCAUCGACCCGCUGAAGCAGAGGGGCAAGACAUUCUUGGCUCCAAUCAACCAAGUAUUUCCUGCAGAAGAUGACGUCAACAAACAAGUAGAAGACAACUGUUCGCUUAUGUACCUGAAUGAAGCGACUCUCCUCAACAACGUGAAAGUGCGAUAUAGUAAAGAGAAGAUCUACACAUUUGUAGCAAAUAUCCUUAUAGCGGUGAAUCCUUACUAUGACAUCCCCAAGCUGUACUCCUUGGAAACCAUUCAAGCCUACCGGGGAAAGUCCCUGGGUACUAUGCCCCCCCACGUGUAUGCCAUUGCGGACAAGGCUUACCGCGACAUGAAGGUGCUGAAGAUGAGUCAGUCUAUCAUUGUGUCCGGAGAGUCUGGGGCAGGAAAGACAGAGAACACUAAAUUUGUCCUCCGUUAUUUAACUACAACCUAUGGUACAGGCCAAGAUAUCGAUGAGAGGAUAGUUGAAGCAAAUCCACUUCUCGAGGCUUUUGGGAACGCCAAAACAGUCAGGAAUAACAAUAGCAGCCGUUUUGGGAAGUUUGUAGAAAUCCACUUUAAUGAGAAGAAUGUGGUGGUGGGGGGCUUUGUAUCGCACUACCUGCUGGAGAAGUCCCGCAUCUGCACGCAGAGCCCGGAAGAGAGGAACUAUCACAUCUUCUACCGGCUGUGUGCUGGGGCCUCGGAGGACAUCAGCCAGCAGCUGCACCUGGGCUCCCCGGACGCCUUCAGGUACCUGAAUCGCGGCUGCACCCGCUUCUUCUCCAGCAAGGACACCGAGAAAGAGAUUCUGCAGAACCGCAAAAGUCCUCAGCACCUGAAGGCCGGCCCUCUGAAGGACCCGCUGCUGGACGACCACAGCGACUUCAACAGGAUGUGCGUGGCCAUGAAGAAGAUCGGCCUAGAUGACGCCGAGAAGCUGGACCUGUUCCGCGUGGUGGCGGGUGUCCUGCACCUGGGUAACAUUGACUUUGAGGAGGCGGGGAGCACGUCAGGUGGAUGCACCAUAAAAAGGACGUCCAGCAAGACCCUUGAGUUCUGCGCCGAGCUGCUGGGGCUGGAUGAGGAAGAUCUGCAAGUUAGCCUCACCACCAGAGUCAUGCUCACAACAGCAGGGGGCGCCAAAGGCACGGCAAUCAAAGUGCCGCUGAAGGUGGAGCAGGCCAACAGCGCACGGGACGCCCUGGCCAAGGCCAUCUACAGCCGCCUCUUUGACCACGUGGUGAAGCGGGUUAACCAGUGUUUUCCUUUCGAGACGUCGGCCACCUUCAUCGGGGUGCUGGACAUCGCGGGCUUCGAGUACUUCGAGCACAACAGCUUCGAGCAGUUCUGCAUCAACUACUGCAACGAGAAGCUGCAGCAGUUCUUCAACGAGCGCAUUCUGAAAGAGGAACAAGAGCUGUACCAGAGGGAGGGGCUUGGGGUCAAUGAAGUUCAUUAUGUGGACAACCAGGACUGCAUAGACCUGAUAGAGGCCAAGCUGGUGGGCAUCCUGGACAUCCUGGACGAGGAGAACCGCCUGCCCCAGCCCAGCGAUCAGCACUUCACCGAGACCGUGCACAGCAAGCACAAGGAGCACUUCCGACUGACCAUUCCCCGGAAGUCCAAGCUGACAGUCCACAGGAAUGUGCGGGACGACGAGGGUUUCAUCGUCCGGCACUUCGCAGGCGCCGUGUGCUACGAGACGAUAAGAUUUGUGGAAAAAAACAAUGAUGCACUUCACACGUCGCUGGAGGGCCUGGUCAGCGAGUCCAAGGACGGGUUUGUGCGGGAGCUCUUCGAGAGCACGAAUAACUCCAAGGAUGCCAAGCAGAAGGCCGGCAAGCUGAACUUCAUCAGCGUGGGCAACAAAUUCAAGACCCAGUUGAACCUCCUCCUGGAGAAGCUGCGUAGCACGGGCUCUAGCUUCGUCCGCUGUGUGAAGCCCAACCUGAAGAUGGUGAGCCACCAGUUUGAAGGAAGCCAGAUCCUGUCCCAGCUGCAGUGCUCAGGCAUGGUGUCGGUCUUGGACCUCAUGCAGGGGGGGUUCCCAUCACGGGCCCCCUUCCACGAGCUCUACAACAUGUACAAACAGUACAUGCCUGCCAAGCUGACCCGGCUGGACCCCCGACUCUUCUGCAAGGCUUUAUUCAAAGCGCUCGGACUGAACGAGAAUGAUUACAAAUUUGGGCUCACGAGGGUGUUCUUCAGACCCGGGAAGUUUGCCGAGUUUGACCAGAUCAUGAAGUCGGAUCCCGAGCACCUGGCUGAGCUGGUCCAGCGUGUCAACAAGUGGCUCAUCUGCAGCCGCUGGAAGAAGGUCCAGUGGUGCGCGCUGUCCGUCAUCAAGUUAAAGAACAAGAUGCUGUACAGGGCCUCCGCAUGCGUUAAGAUGCAGAAGACGGUUCGCAUGUGGCUCUGUAGGAGGAAACACAAGCCCAGAAUUGACGGCAUGGUGAAGGUCAGGACACUGAAGCAGAGGAUCGGCAAAUUCAGCGAGGUGGUCAGCGGUCUGAAGGAGGGCAAGCAGGAGAUGAGCAAGCAGCUCCAGGAACUGGACACCUCAGUUGACACCCUCCUGGCCAAGAUCAAGAGCACGGUGAUGAGCCGGCAGGAGAUCGACCACGAGUGCCGAGCCCUGGGGACACGAUCCGAGCAGCUUCUGGCCGCCAUGCAGAAGAAGAAGCAGGAGGAGGAGGAGCGGGAGCGCCUGCGGCGCAUCCAGGAGGAGAUGGAGCGCGAGAGGAUGAGGCGUGAGGAGCAGGAGCAGCGGCGCCGGCAGGAGGAGGAGGAGCGCCGCCUGAAAGCAGAGAUGGAGCUGAAGAGGAAACAGGAGGAAGAGGAGAGGAAAAAGCGGGAGGAGGAAGAGAGGAAGCUCCAGGCGGAGGUGGAGUUGCAGCUGGAAGCGGAGCGCGAGGAGGAGGCACGGCGCCAGACCAUGCUGGAGCAGGAGAGACGGGACCGCGAGCUGGCCCUGCGCAUCGCGCAGAGCGAAGCCGAGCUCAUCGCAGACGACACGCAGAUUGAGGCCGGGCUGCGCAGUAAUGACACCUUUGACUCGUCCCCAGAGGGAACCAACUUUGGUGAACCUCAAAAGAUGAAGGGCCUGAGUGUGGAAGAAAUGGCCAAAGAAAUGUCUGAACUCCUGGCCCGGGGUCCCCAGGUCCAGGCCACCAAGGCGGCCAGUGGGGCCAAGAAGUACGAGCUGAGCAAGUGGAAGUACGCUGAGCUCCGCGACGCCAUCAACACGUCCUGCGACAUCGAGCUGCUGGCAGCCUGUCGCGAGGAGUUCCACCGGCGCCUGAAGGUCUACCACGCCUGGAAGUCCAGGAACAAGAAGCGCAACACUGACUCUGAGCAGAGGGCGCCCAAAUCGGUCACAGACUACGAUCUCACUCCUAUUGUGACGCAGGCAUCGAUGCAGAACGCCGCCCCGCCCAUCCCUGCUCGCCAGCAUGAGAUCGCCAUGAACCGGCAGCAGCGAUAUUUCCGCAUCCCCUUCAUCAGGCCCAGCGACCAGUACAAGGACCCGCAGGCCAAAAAGAAGGGCUGGUGGUGCGCCCACUUCGACGGACCCUGGAUCGCCCGGCAGAUGGAGCUCCACCCGGACAAGCACCCCAUCCUCCUGGUGGCAGGGAAGGACGACAUGGAGAUGUGCGAGCUGAGCCUGGAGGAGACGGGCCUGACCCGCAAGCGAGGCGCCGAGAUCCUGGGCCGGCAGUUCGAGGAGAUAUGGGAGCGCUGUGGUGGCGUGCAGUACCUGCGGAAGGCCAUCGAGAACCGGCUGGCCCGGCCUACAUUCGCCACGGCCAUGCUGCAGAGCCAGUUCAACUAGGCCGGAGUGGGCAGGCCUGCCAGUACAUGAUGGGAAGGCGGAGGCCACCGGCACGGGGCGCAGUGAGCAGCGCCCUCACAUGAAAGUGAACUCUCUAUUUUUUCAUAAUUAGCUAUUGUUUUCAUUCUUUUCACUUUUGAUUAUUUUUCAUUGUCAGCUGCAGCAAUUCUUUGCUGAGAUGUCAGUCAGCUAGACUAUGGGAAGUGUAUAUUUCUCCUAUAAAAUCCAGUCUUUGCUUUAAUCCUACUUCUGUUUUAACUGUGAGGCCUUAAAGACGAUUCUUGCACACGGUAAUCGCUAAAAUGCAACACUUGUCAAUGCUGCUCCUUGUCGCAAGAGAUUAAACUCACCUGGAAUUUUUCCGAUAGUAUACGUUGAUUAUGAAAAUAUUCUAAAUGGUUUACUUUUGUUAGUAAUUUAAAAAUUUGUUCUUAAAGUUUUUCUUUUCGUGCAUAACGGGAAUUUUAACAAUGAGCUUUUUGUCACAGCGGCUUGUUAUGAUUAGGUUCAUACUGAAGAUCUGCAGUUUGUGCUUUUUUGUAUAAGAGCAAACAGGUACAUAGGAGCUUUAACCCUUUCAUUGAUCUGCGGAGUAGACAUAUGAAAUAAGUUUGGCGUUUCCUGAUGUUCACUUCACAUCUCCUGCACUCUGUGUUCGUGCACACACACAUCUACACACACACAUGUACACAUACACACACGCACAUACAUACACACACACACACACGCACAUACAUACACACACACACACACAUGUACACACACACGCACAUACAUGCACACACACACACACAUACAUGCACACACGCACAUGCACAUACAUGCACACACACACACACACGCAUGUUUGUAUUCAUAUCUUUGUGGGGACCAUCCAUUCAUUUCUAUAGGCAUACCCCUAAUCCCAGCAAUGACGACAAACAAAAUACAAGACUUUUGGCAUUUUUAGUUUUUUGAUUGCAGUCAUUUACCCUUGUAGGGACUAAAAUAAAUGGUCCCCACAACAUCAUCAUAACAGGUUGAGGGGACAUUUGGUCCCCACAAUGUAAUAAAAACAUAACAGAGGGAGAGAGACACGUAGACACACCUGGGGCUCGCUGUACACAGCGUCCCCACGCCCCUCUCAGGUCCGAGAGCGGCCGCGGUAGCUCUGGGAACAGGCUGCUUGCCCGCGUGCCUGUCAGCCUCUUCCCCUUUUCUUUGGGCUACUGUGCUCUGCAGAGAUGGAUUCUCAUUGGCUUGCUCAGCCUCCUCGUCCCUCUGGAGCGAGCUCACUCUGUUCCCUUUCACAUCCUGAAAAGUGAGCCUAAUCGUAAGUGUGCGGAGGCAGACACAGGCACAUCUGGGACGCGGUGGGGAUGAGGGCAAUCUCAGGUUGGACACCACACCCUCCGCCCAUUAGGGUACAUCACUCGUCUGUCUCUUUGUAUUCCUUUUUUUUUUCUUUUUCAAACGUAUAUAUGGUUAAAUAAUACAGGAUUACAUUGCAAGGUUAGGUAUAUUAUGCUCUUGUUGUUAUAUUUCAUUUUCAAAUAAUGGAAUAGUAAAAGUAGACGUAAAUGAGGCAAUAUAUAUAUAUAAGCAUAUAUAGCAAAUGUUAUGGGGGAGGAGUUUCAUACAGGGACCAAAAGUGAGGUGAAAUCUAUAUAUAGAAAUAUUCUUUUGGUAUGUUUAUGUAACUUUGAGGGCUAUUUUUGGAUUACACAAUGAGAUUGAGCUGAGCUAUUAAAAACAUUUUCCUCCUUGCCGAAGCCUAUUUCACCUACAGUUAGUCAGCAAUAUUUUUGUAACAAACACACCAGGGAGAGCCGGACCGCUGGCAGGAGGCAGCAGCAGUCCCACGUGGGAAAGGCUCGGGGGCGCAGUUUCCGCCCGUCCCGCUUGCAGUGGGGACCUCGGCGCCUCUUCUCCUGCCUUGCGUAGGCCACACUGCAGGCUUCCCAGCCAGUGUGCGUUCAGGACGGCCCGGAACAUGGCCCCGCUAAUCCGUCAAUCAUUUGAGCAGCGGUGUGAUUCCUGUGAUGCGUAUCGAAUGGUGCCGACGCAGACCAGCCCUUCACAUGCUCUCGUCGACGCUCCCGAUUCACACUUUUCUAAUGCCAAUUUCUAACAAAUGUCCUGUGAUGCAAAAAUAAAUGCAUUCCUUGUUUAACUCCAAA